UUUUUAGUUACCGAUGCGCAUGCGCCGUUUAGUUUGAAACCCCUCCGGGUUUCCGUAGAAAAGCGAAGGUCUCCUCGGAUGAGAAUGUCUUAUCUGAAACUGGUGUCGCUGUGUGUCGCAGCUCCCGGUGUGACGCUGCUGCCGGCGGCCGGAGAGCCGAAGAAGAAGAGCUGUCAGCCCGCUCUGAGCAUCGAUGAGCUGCCGUCGCUGUACUGCGUCCCGGAGGCGGAGCCUCGGCGGGUGGAGCCGGCGGCGGCCGGACCGCUGGAGCAGAGCGUCGCCUCGCUGAGGAAGCUGGUGGAACCGUACACGGACCGGUGGCGGCAAAGCGGCCGAGUUGCAGUGGAGAAAGUUGAAAAAGUCUACGAGACCGUGGAGCCCACAGUCAGCGUCUCCAUAGCAACCGUCACCGAGACGUACCAGUUCCUCAGUGACCCCCCUCCCGACCUUUACCCCAGUGUGGCGGCGGUGGGCUUCUCCGGCUUCCUGGGACUCUACGUGGCCAAAGGCUCCAGGGUGAAGCAGCUGGUGUUUCCUGUUGGACUCAUGGCGCUGACGGCCUCCAUGUUCUACCCUCAGCAGGCCGCGGCGCUAUUGAAGGUGAGUCGGGAUUCGGGAUACACCUGGGCUCAGCAGGGCCGCGUUACCAUGGAGACGCUUUGGAAAGAGCCUCCGUUUGGUAAAAAGAAGAAGAAAGAACAAACAGAGAAAAACGACACAAGCGACAGCUGAGACGACAAGAUGACGCACACACACCUGAGAGACGUAUAUUAACACACACACACACACAUCUGAGAGACGUCUAUUAACACACACAGUUUGUGAACAUUGACUUUGUCUUUUUGUUGAAGCUUCAGACAUCUUCACUAAAUAUGUGAUAAGUUAUUUAUAAUAAACUCAGAUUCUUGAUGGUUCCAGUUUCCAAGAUGUGAGAAUUCAUUCUUGUCUAAAUGAUAAACAAUGUAUUUGUGUUGUGAAAUAUUUGAUCUACAAAUUGUCCUCAUGUGUGUAUUUCCUCACCUCUUGUGGACCAAAACAAAAUAUGAAAAGUUAUUUAAAAAGGAAUUAAGACUUC